AUGCUAAACAGGUGGCCCGUCCGCCGCAGAGAUGGCGGCCGGGUCUGGAGGGUCUGUGUGUCUCGCCCUCAAGUACCCAAGGCCGCAGUGCCAGGAAUGUGUAGAUCGGUUCUGGGGAGCCCUGGGAAGCACGUCUGCGCCUCGCUCAGGUCGGCGCCCGGCCCGCCGCGAACCUUAAACCUGGGGAGGACGCUCUUUCUGACUUUGGAGACCAGCUCCCUCGUCCCACCUUGUGCUCCUGCUCUCGCCGUCUUCCGCUCAUCUCCCUGGCUUAGCCCUGCCGGGCACGGAGGGAACACACCCAUACAGAUGGACGACUCUGCCCCGGAGUCGUCCAGACGACUGGGGUCCCGGGACAUCCCGGUGUCCCCGGCUCUCCGUCUGGAAAGUGGGGUUUGGGAGGCGCCCAGCGUUGUGGUGCGGGUUGGACAGCCGGCGACGCACGCACUAGCCCCACGCUGA